GCAAUUAGCCGUGGAACAGGUUCUUAUUCCGUCGGACUUUCCCCUUCGGGAAGAAGCGGCAGAAAUUCUGCUGCGAAGGAGGUAUUUUGUCCGUAGUGGUUUUGAAAACGGUUCGAUGACUUUUUUUCGGGAAUGGCCGACCUUGCGAUCGCUCGCGCAUUGUGAGAGCGUAAUGGACUGGUGGUGACUGUCCGUGUUCCGUCUUGUUGUUGUAGAGACACCGCGGGGGGCCGCUGCUGUUUCCUCACAAGUGCGGCGGAGCUCGGAGGCGCGCGCAGGAACACACGCGGCGCGCUGAUAUGAGCUGCUACAUUGUGGCCGCUCUCCUCUUCCUGCAGAGCUCCCACGCUCUCGGAGCUGUUCCGGCCCCGAGGAACGUGACCAUUCAGUCCGUGGACUUUGAGCACAUCCUCAAGUGGGACCCAGGACCGAGAACACCUCCAGGGACCAUGUACAGGGUCAAUGUCAGUGGCAGUGGAAGGAAAAGUGGGCUUCUGCUUCUUACAAAUGUCACAGUGAUCAACCUGACAGAUGUUCUCAAGGACGAAUAUGGCGAAUACCAAAUCAGUGUCCAGGCCCUCUAUAAGGGCAAGUUGUCUUCCGCUCCCUUCAAGAUCUUCAGUCCUUGGAGAGACACUGAGCUUGGGCCCCCUGAGCUGUCACUGACACAAUCUGAAGACUGUCUACAACUGGCUGUGAAACUCCCCAGAGGAAGAGGAAAGAGGACCAUUGAGGAAAUCUACCUUCAGUUUGACUUUAAAAUUCACCUGAACAAAUCUGGAGCUCGAAGGGUAGAUGAGAUGACGAUGGAAGGGAUGAAUCGCAGCAUCUGUGAGCUUGAGACGGGAGUCGAGUACUGUGUGCAGGUUCACACCAGUGUCCCCGCCAAUAAGCACAUGAACCCCACGGCUUGGAAAUGUGCACUUGUUGGCUCUGUGAAGCAGAGCAGCGCUGUCUUUAUUUCCUUGGGGCUGUUGGCUGUGGCUCUGCUGCUGGGAGGAGUGGUUCUGCUGGGUCUCAUCUACACGGGUUACUUGUGGAAGCAGAAGAUCCACCGCCCUACAGUGCUGAAGUCUCUGCCGAAGUGCAAUUUUCCAGCAGAUUUUGUCAUCACUGCCACACCCCAGCUAAUCCUAGAACGAGUCUCAGUGAAUCCCAUCCCUGCACACAAAGGAAAGCCAACAAGAACAAUUCCAAAGCUAUGCCCAGAGAGUUCGGAUGAGGAGGAUGAAGAAGAAAACCCAUACUUAAACCGGCCAGGAGGGCCUCGUAACGUCUUGGACUGUGAUGAGACGUCAUGUAACUCUGGAAGCUCAGCUCUACCCUCGACUGCAAACACCAGCGUGGAGAACUCUGGCAAUUCUGGCAGAACUGUACUUUCUUUAGAUCAAGAAGAUCCACGGAUGCCAGUGCCAUUUGAAUCUUCAGGUGAACCUGAGAAUCAGCCAGAGGUCCCUGCUGCUACUGUUCACCUUAGUCCUGAGAGAAAUGAGAACAUGGAGCAGGACUGUGUGGAUGUGAACCUUCUGUCUGUGACUCUGGGUACACUGAAAGUAGAGGAAGGGGAGGAUGAACACCUUGAGAACGUCAUAGCAGAACCUGUGAAAGUGCCCCUUCUCAGCGACUCUCGGACUUCCCUGUCCACAGGAGCUGGUCAGAGGUCAGCAGAGCAGAGCAGGACGUUGCUCCUAGUUGCCAGCUGUGCAGAAACUGGGGCUGAGCGUUCGGUACCAAAUAGUGCCCAGAAGAACUUUGAACCUUCCAUAGAGGAGGACAGUGACUCCGAGGAGGAGGAGUGCUCAGGCUACAUGAGACGUUAAUAUCGCCAACAAUUCUGAACCACAUUGUAACAUUUUCUGUACACAGUGGUUUUAACAAAUUCAGGUUUUUAUUUUCAGACCAUGAAACAAUCUUUUUAAGUGUGGGAAAUCAUGGUACAGUUCUUAGUCUUGUCAACAAAUUAAAAUAUGGGAGAUUCUUACUGUGGCUAAACUUCCAGAUACCUGACUCGUGUUGUUCUCUAGCAGAGGAAUAAA